AUGUCAUUGAAGCUCAGCUUCCACAGUUUUCUCCUUUUUUGGAGUUCUUUUGUGACUGUGGCAGCAUUUCAACCUGCACCAAACCGAUACAGCCUCUACUCUGGACCCCAUCCACAGUACAACUCAGCAAAACCGACAGCCAGGCAUAAGAACCACUGUGCAUAUGUUGUGGAGAAGAGUGUCUCGUUCACCUUUCAGGAUGGAGCAACUCCCUUUAUGAAGCCAGAGUACAACAAGUGUGCUUGGGGUCAGAAAUGCCCAACUAUAAAGUAUCGCAUGUACUACAAACCCAUGUAUAAAGUUGCAUAUAAGACUGUGACAGAGCUGGAGUGGAAAUGCUGUCCUGGAUAUGCAGGUGUAGGUUGUACUGCGGUAUAUGGAAUGAAAGCAAGGCCCCUAUUCAAAGGACCACCACCUGCGCAGAAAGGGCCUAUGCCUCGUUUUAAAGGCCCCAUGCCAAUGCAGAAAGGUCCUAUGCCUCCUUUUAAAGGGCCAAUGCCAAUGCAGAAGGGUCCAAUGCCUCCUUUUAAAAGACCUAUGCCAAUGCAGAAGGGUCCUAUGCCUCCUUUUAAAGGGCCUGUGCCUGCACAGAAAGGUCCUAUGCCUUCUUUUAAAGGGCCUGUGCCUGCACAGAAGGGUCCCAUGCCUUCUUUUAAAGGGCCCAUGCCUAUGCAGAAGGGUCCAGUCCCUUCAUAUAAAGGUCAGUUUCCCUAUCCCAGUUUCAGUGGAAACCCCUGGAAUCAGCCUCAGGCACCAUCUAAUGGCAUGAAUGAAUACCCAGGCCCUAAUACUGGUCCCUCGUCCCGAGAUACCUCAGCUGAACCUUCUCCUGACCACCAGGAACCGGAAGUAGAUUAUCCUGAACUGAUGCCAGAGCCUCAAGAUCUUGGCCACGAUUUAAUUCCAGAAGAGAAUGAGCCAAUCACAGACUACCAGAGUCCUCAGCCAGAUCAGCAUAGUUCUAUACCAGAACAUAGUGAGACAGAGCCUGUUCCCAAUGCACAGGCGCCCUCUGGUGGUGGUGAAACAAACCAAGAUCAUGAUGAAAACAGUAUUGAAGAUGAGCGGUUGGACAGGAUAGAAGAGGAUGUGCAGCGACUCUCUCUUGGUCUUGAGACUCUCCGUGGUACAGUGACAGGCCUGGAGGAUAGCUUGCGUGCUUCCCUUCGUGAAGACGCCAACCGAAUGUUGACGGCUCUCAUUUCUGCAGGACCCAGCCCUAUCGCCGCUCCUUCCCUGUCUAGAGACUCUUCCGUAGGUUUCGGAGAUCUGCCUGGAGGUGCACCGGAUAUUGAGGGUUCAGAUAUGGUGGGGCAGUUUCCAAACUUGGUGGAUUUGGCUGAAAAGGUUUCAGAGCUCCGAGCAGAGCUCGUUGCAAAGGUAUCUGAGCUUGAAGAGUUGAGAGGUGCAGUUGUGGGUCACAACAACACCCUUCAAAGACUGUCAAACGGGUCAGUGAACCUUACACCAACUGACUUUCAAAAGACCCUGGAGACAAUGGUGGAGUCCAAAAUGAGCGAAGCUCGGGUGGCCAUCUUAGAUGGCUUCGAAAAGCGUGUGGAGAGUGCUGAGGAGCGAUGCAAGGGUCGUAUGACAGAGGUGCGGCUCCAGUGCAAAGAGGAACUUUUGGAUGGACAAGAGCAAAUUGAGCAAGUCCUAGACAUAAGGGCUACAGGAUUGAGGACAGAACUCCAAAAACUGCAGGCUCAGCUUCAAGACCUGGAGCCUGAAGAAGGUUGCUGUAUUGCUUUAUCAGGUCUAACUGAAAGGCUAAUUUAUGUGGAACAGUCAGUGGGUGGCUUGAAUGAGUCCCAAAUGCACCUACGUGCCGAACUUGGUGGACACAAGGAUCAUAUAGAGGGCAUAUUAGAGGGCCGACUGGCCUAUGUGGAAUCCAGGAUGGACAUUGCAUUAAAUCAAGAGGAAGCAAGCAAUAACAAAAAAGUGCCUAGCAACCUUGAGGCGCAAUUGGACGGGAAGCUUAAGGCUCUUGAAAGUCGUCUUUUGGCUGCAGUGGAGGAGCUAGGUAACGUCACAACACCAACUUUACUAGAGGGUCAGGUUGUGCCCACACUGGAGACAGAAGUAGAAUCGCUCAGAAGAAGAGUUGAGGACGACUUGGUCCGCUUACAGAAACAACUUGAAUCCAUAGAGGUUAUGUGUACUUCAUCUUGUGUUCCACAGCCUGUUCUUACAGGAUAUGUAGCUCCUUUGGGAGCUGAGGAGGAGGCAAAGGAGGACAGCCACAAGGAAAUUAAUGGGAAACUUGAUUUACAAGUGGAGAGACUGAACUUCCUCAAUGCCACUCUAUAUAAUCUUCUUGUCCAGCUGGCAGAGAAACAAGAGGAGGUAGGUCUUCAGAGUGAGGUGACCCUGCUGAAAUUCAGCGUGAACUCCGUUAACAAGUCUCUCUGUGGCUUGCAAGAGUCUCUUGGCUCUGUGAUCAGAGAAGUCGGCCAAACCAACCUCACCUGGCAAGAAAGAGAAGAAAGGCUUGCACAGCAAGUGAAGGGUGUGGUUCAGCUGGUGGGACGACAGGCGUCUAUGUUGGGUACCGGAGAGCGAAAGUUGACCCGUCUGAAAGGGGAACUCCAGGAUCUGCGGCGCAGAGUGGCCGGAGAGCUCCAGGGUUGUCGUUCCACUGCUUUGGGUGUCCAGAAGGAAGUGACUGAAGUCGGGGGUCGUGUUGCGCGCGUGGAGGGUCAGUGUGGAGGCCUUGCACACCUGGCUGAUGACCUAGAUAGAAUUCGUGGAGAGCUGGAGAGACACUCUGAUGGGUAUCUGUCACAUGUAAAUAGCACCCUUGUUAACCAUUCUCACCAGCUGUCUGAGCUCAGAGACAGCAUCCAAAACUGCACUGGACAAUCUGGGUCUACAAGGAUAGCUGGGGACAAUUUAGCUACAACACAACAAACGGCAGAACAACACGCAACAGAACCAUCCCAUCCCAGAGGAGACCAGUUUUCAGUACCCACAGAGUACAGAGGUGACUAGUAGUUCAAGUGCACAGUUCAAUGUGCAGACAGUCUUUACUCGUAGGUACUAUUAUAUAGUAUCUUUCUCAGGAGACU